AUGUUGAAUAGUCUAGGAAAAUAUACCUGUCGUUCCUUUUGCAGACAGGCUAAUAUCUCACUAAAGAGAUUCUUUUAUCAUAAAGGUGUAUGUCAAAGGGGGUUUUCAACGGGGUGUGAUUUGAGAAGUGCCAACAAGGAAAAUUUUAAUGCAAGAAAACCACUGGAUAGGCUACAACUAAGUGAUGAAGUCAGUGAACCAGACCCAAUAAGAACAAAAUUUUUUCAGUUCUCCCGAUGGAGGGCUAGUGUUGCUAUAUUGCUGCUAGGUGGUGGGACAUAUGCUUAUUUAUCAAGAAAAAGACGUUUGCUAGAAACAGAAAAGGAAGCCGAUGCUAACAGAGCUUACGGUUCAAUUGCGCUCGGGGGUCCUUUCAAACUGAUAGAUUUCGAUGGCAAGCCCUUUACAGAGAAGGAUUUGAAAGGUAAGUUUUCCAUUCUGUAUUUUGGCUUCAGCCAUUGUCCCGACAUUUGUCCAGAAGAACUAGAUAAAUUAACUUAUUGGAUAUCUGAAUUAGAUGACAAGGACCACAUGAAGAUACAACCAUUGUUUAUCUCAUGUGACCCGGCAAGAGAUACUCCAGAUGUCUUGAAAGAGUAUUUGAGUGACUUCCAUCCCGCUAUCAUUGGUUUGACUGGUACGUACGAUGAAAUCAAAAGCGUCUGCAAAAAGUACAAGGUGUAUUUUUCAACUCCACGUGGCGUCAAGUCUGACCAAGACUAUUUAGUGGACCAUUCAAUCUUUUUCUAUUUAAUCGAUCCUGAGGGACAGUUUAUCGAUGCCUUAGGGAGAAACUACGACGAAAAAUCUGGUCUUGAAAAGAUUCGCGAGCAAAUCCAAGCUUAUGUGCCAAAGGAAGAACGAGAGCGCAGGUUACAAAAGUGGUACUCUUUCAUUUUUAAAUGA